GACGAGCUAGUACAUUUUUACCUAUCUACUGAACUCAAACAGUAAAAGCGGAAUUGAAUUUAUGGAAAACAAAACUUUCACGUGUAGGAAAAUCUCCACUAAAUAGACUAGAUGCAAUUAGGAUAUGUAAUUGUGAAUUAUUUCCAAAUGUGUACACUUUAUUACAAAUAUUUUGUAUACUUCCGGUAUCAACGGCAUAUUAUACUAGCGGAUUAUAUACUAUUUAAAAUUUUAACGAAAGGAAAAAAUAUAAUGUAUCUGGUUCUGGGGACCAGACUGAGAAAUUCAUAUACACAAAAAUCGUAGUGGAACUAUUUACUAAGUCAAAUGGUUGGUAAUAAUUUGAAAUUUUGAAUUUUAAAGUUAGUGUUUGAACUCUUAAUACCUAACAUAUAAUUCCUUAUCACUGGACUGAACGGUAUACCCAUGGCUAAAUAACUAGGUAUGAUCUCAUUAAGACGCAUUUGCGUUCUGGGCUGCGCACGUACUAUUCUUCACGUACUAUUCACGAUUUGGCAUGGAAAGAAAUCUUAACUGGCAGUGAUUUUUAUCACCGUACUACGUCGGUCGGUAUACCUCUUAUCUAUCACUGCCAGUGGCGGCCACACCUGCGUAUCACAAAGUUGCGAUCAUACCUAGUUAUUUAGCCAUGGGUAUACCCAUUCCAUGUGACAUUAUACAACACUGUAUAAAUGGUGCACCGUGCCGCCGCCCGAACGCACCAGGUAGCGCGCUCUAGCAUGCGCGAGAAUCGACCAGUUUUCGUCCGCCGCCCUGCGCGCUACUCAAUAGACCUUGUAUAGGGCCGCAUUGCCAUAUAUCAUGCAUUUGCGGCUUCACUGUUCAGUAGAACACAUAUCAGACGUCCAUCUUGCUGUUCGCCAUUUCAAAGAAUAAAAAAGAUAUCAUUAUGGCUUGGUUGCAACUAUUUGCAAAAGGAAAUAUUGAAGAAAAAGUGUUGCCUGAAUCUGAUUUAGACUAUACUGACACAGAUCAUGAAUAUAAUUCAGAUCUAUCACAGUCUAGUCAUUAUUAUGAUGACGAUGAUGAACAGAAUAGAAGUUUUGUCAAUACUGAUCCGAACGAAUAUGACAAAGAAAAUAAAGAAUACAAUGAAUUAUCAAUAAAGGCUUUACAUAAUUCAAACACGAGUUCAGUUGAUAGUAUUACUUAUGCAAAUUCAGUGGCUGAUCUAAAAGAUUUAGAUAUGGAUAAAAUUAAGCCUUUUGAACAUUAUAAAUUUAAAGAUCCUUCUAAUAAGUCAAAUGAUUUAGAAAUUGCUGACUCUAAAGAUAAGAUUAUUAAUUCCAUUGAUUCAAACUGUACAGUUUUGAUAUCUGGUGCUACAGGAUGUGGAAAAAGUACUCAAGUUCCUCAGUAUAUUUUAGAUGACUGUAUGAGUAAAAAGAAAUAUUGUAAUAUUAUUGUUACUCAACCUAGACGUAUAGCUGCAAUUUCAGUGUCCAAGCAAGUAAAUAGAGAACGUUCUUGCAAAGAUGGAGUCUUAGUUGGAUAUCAAGUUGGGCGUAAAAAAAAUUAUAAUCCAAGCACAACAAAAAUUUUAUAUUGCACUACAGAAAUUUUGUUGUUAAAAAUUAUUAAAGCAAAAAGCCUUUCUGAAUUUUCUCAUAUUAUCUUAGAUGAAGUUCAUGAAAGAACACUUGAAAUGGAUUUUUUAUUAUUAGUUAUAAAGAAGUUACAAAAGAUAAACUCUCAAUCAACUCGUGUAAUACUUAUGUCUGCUACAGCAGAAAUUGAAAAAUUAAGAGAUUAUUUUAGUGAUUAUUAUGGACAUCCGUUUAAUAGACAUCUAGCAGCAUCAAUAGUUUCAGUCAAAAAGCCAUCCAACUAUAGUGUUGAUGUAUUAUAUUUGGAUGAUUUAUAUUUAUUGAUACCUGCUGCUCAGAGAAUGGAUUUAAGUAAAACUCAAAUAGAUGAAAAUGGAUAUGACACAGCUGUUCAAUUAGUUAAAGCAUUUGAUCAAAUGAAAGUAGAUAAUGACAACAAAAAAUCUGUAUUGAUAUUCUUACCCGGUAUUUACGAAAUUGAAGAAAUGCAUAGACGUAUGGAGGAUUUAAUGACUUUGGAAAAUCAUAAAUGGAUUCUUAUACAAUUACAUUCAUCAAUAACAAGUGAAGAACAAGACAAGAUUUUUAUACAGGCGCCAUUAAAUUAUCGCAAAAUUAUUUUGUCCACUAAUAUUGCUGAGAGUUCAAUAACUGUACCUGAUGUUUCUUUUGUGAUUGAUUUUUGUUUAAUGAAACAAUUAAAAAAUGAAAUUAGAUCCAAUUAUUCCAUGUUAAUUAUGACUUGGGCAUCAAAAAGUAAUUGUAAUCAAAGAGCUGGAAGAGUGGGUCGUGUGGCUAAUGGUUGUGUUUAUAGGUUGAUUCCUAGAAGGAUGUUUAAUAAACUUGAAGAUAAUGAAUUGCCAGAAAUGAGUCGUUGUUCUCUCAGUCGCGUAGUAUUAAUGUCUAAAUUAUUGAAUAUGGGAACACCUGAAAAACUACUUGCAAGCGCGUUGGAUGUACCAUGUUUACAAAAUAUUAUACUCACAAUUCGUACUCUUCAACAGGUAGGAGCACUAUUAUCAACAGUAAAUGGAGUAAUUUCAUCAGUGGAUGGUGAUUUAACAUAUAUGGGAAAAGUAAUGGCACAUUUGCCAUUAGAACCACCAAUGUCAAAAUUAAUUUAUUUUGGAUAUAUUUUUAAUAUUUUAAAUGAAGCGAUCAUAAUGGCAUGUGGUCUAUCAAUAAAAAGUAUAUUUAGUCAGCCUUUUAAUCAACGUUUAGAAGCUUAUACACAAAACCUAAUUUGGGCUAAUUAUUCUUGUAGUGAUCCAAUUGCAUAUAUUGGUGCAUAUCAAAGUUGGCUUGAAAGUAAGCCAGAAUUUGAUCAAAAUCCAAAUCUUGAAAAAACAUGGGCCUUGAAAAACUACAUACAACUAUCAGCAAUGCGAGAGUUAUAUGAUCUGAUUGAUGAUGUAUCUAAUCGAUUGAAUAGACAUUUUGGUAUAAUUGCAAAUUCUGGCAAAAUAAAAUGGAUUAAACCGGAAGAAAAAGAUAUAGCUUGCAAGGUUAUAUUAGCUGGGGCAUUUUAUCCUAAUUAUUUCAUACCAAAAACAAAUAAUGCAUAUAUGGAUGAACAUGAAGUACAUACAACGUUAGAAGAACACGACCCUUAUCAAACAGUUUAUUUUACUGGAUUUCCAAAAGAUCAACCUAAAGAAUUAUAUAAAGAAGCUAUUGAAUCCUUAUUUCCCAAAAAACUUGUUGGAAAACCAACUGCGUAUUUUAAUAAAUCUAAUAAAGUGUUUGUGGAAUUUCCAAUGUCAAAUAUAAAGAAUAUGGCAUAUAAUACUAAUCAAUAUGAAGAAAAACUAAAUCAAUUAGUACCAGGAAAUAUAGCCUAUGGUGUUUAUGUGGCUAUAAAAAUGCGUACAUUAAAAUUUAAUUUCAAAAUACCAUUACUGAAACCUAAUGAUGCAAAAAAAAAACUAAAAUUGAUAACUCAACAAAUGGCCGCACAGAAAAUAACUCCAAAGGAAGUAUUACCAAUUCAACGUUGUAUACUUGAAGAAACUGAAUUCAACAAUAAAGAUAUUAUCAUAACAGUAACAUAUUUUGAAUCUGUAGAUCGUUUUUGGGCUCAGCUUCUGGAUGAAAAACAUAAUAAUAUAUUAUUUAAAUUAUGGGAGCUUGUUAAUAAUGAAAUAAGUCUCAUAGAAACUAAUCCAGACAAUUUAGUGAUAGAUGAUAUUUAUAUUGUGAUGUAUCAAGAAGAAAAAUAUAGAGGAAAAUUAAUGGAGUUCCCUCGUGGUCCUAAAAAAGAAUACAAAUUUUUAUUGAUUGAUUUUGGAGAAUCCGUUCAAUUGUGCAAUGAAGACAUAUUUAACAUUAAAGACGAAUAUAUAAAAAAACAGGUUUAUAGUUUUCCAACUUUAGCUUUCCAAUGUAAAAUUGCAAAAAUACAUUCACCUAUAAAUAGACAAUUGAAUGAUGAUUGGUCUGAAGAAACUAAUAUGUAUAUUGUUGGUAAACUAUUAAAAAACGCAAAAGGAACGAUAUAUUCUAUAGUUGAUGGUGUUGUGUCAUUUGAAGAUCUAACCUUCAUAAAUGAAGAAGAAAACAUUUCAAUUUCAGAAUACUUAAUUAACAACAAAUUAGCUAUUCGUUCUGAAGAGUCUUUUGCUUCAAAGAAAGAUCAUGAAAAACGAUUAAAGAUUGUAGGAUGUGUUAACAAUGAGAUGCAUCAGAAAUCUAAUGCUGUAUGCCUUAACAUAAAAAGUCCUACAAAAGAAGAGUCAUAUACAAUUCACAAUUUAAAAGGGCCUAUAAGUCCACUUGAAAUGUCAGUAAAUGGAAUAAGUCGUAAUAGUACUUCUAAAAAUGUAAAAAUAGAAUGUAAAUCCGUUAAUUCUGUUUUAUUGGAUACUGACCCUAAGGAUUAUCAUGAGAGAUUGUUUGUUGCUGGAAAUCUAUGUUUAAAUGAAAGUAAUAAAUUAACUCUUUGGGAUACAACUAUGAUGCCAAAUAUCCCUGGAAUGCCAUCAUUUAUCUGUCUGAUGUUCUCGCCGUGCGUGGAAAUCAGAUACAAUUCUUCUUAUACUAAAAUGAUUGGAGCCAUUUGUGGUUUAGGUUAUCACCCAGAAACUGGUAAGCCAUUGUUCGAAGAAAAUGAUAUUGAGAUUACCUUUGAUACUGUUAUUGAUCUUAAUCUUUUGAAAAAGAUAAAUAUUAUAAGAAUGCUGUUGAACAGAUGCGUUAAUCCAGAGGACGAAGAAGGUCCUGGUGAUAUUUUUCAAAUACAGCAUAGCUUACAACUAUCUUUAAAAGAAAUAUUCAGCCAACCUACAAAGUUUAAAGGGCCAGAAUGCUACACAAGAAAAUAUAUGUGGUCAGAAAUUCAAAAAUUAAGAUUGCUGUCACCAUACCAAGAAAAUAGCUCAGUUAAUCACCCGAUGGCUGGUUCUGAUGUUUAUAAAUUGAUUUGGGGCACUAUUUUAUCACAAAAAAUGUCUGCUUCCGAGUGUAAAAAAUUAAUGUUUAAACUAAGCAAAAUCAAAAGAUUAGAAGAAUUCUUUAGUUACUCCAAAUAUACCAGCGCACGUUGUUCAGAACAACUUAACUGUCCAUUAUGUGAAUUGGAGUUUACUAAUGAGCUAUCCGUUAUUAUGCAUUUUGACAAUUACCAGCAUAUUGAACGUUAUAAACUAGCUAGAGAAGAAUUAUAUUUGCACUAUACGGGACCAUUUCAAGAUAUUAAUGACUUGUAAACUAAUCUAUUUUAAUAUUAUUGUUUUUUAAUGUAUAAUACAAUUUUAAGAUCA